GAUGACUGAUUCAAAUACUGUCGAAGCUCCUUUCCGCGUCGAUGAGCCAUUCAUUGCUAAUGUUUACGCCGACCUCAUCAUUCGGUCAAGCGACGGUCAUGAUUUCCAUGUCCUAAAAGGCAAUCUCGCAAUGGUUUCCACAAUCUUCAAGGUCAUGUUUUCUUUGCCUCAACCACGUGCCGCUGAGGAGUCUGACAUUGAGCAUGUCCUACCAGUCGUCGAUGUCUCUGAGCCAGGUCCCGUGGUCGACGCACUUCUUCGUUAUAUCUGUCCAGCCAAUGUACCCAAUAUCGUAUCCGUGGAUGUGGCAUUUGGCAUUUGGCGUUCUGCUUGCGACGAAAAAAUACGAGAUGAAUCUCCCUCUUUUUAAUCCGACAAACGUUAUCUCCGAUCUCUGUUCGAGCGAUGACGAGUCUAUUUCGAGGUCAUUCGCUCUUGCCUACACACAUCGCUUGUCAGAAGAGAUACAAGCAAGUGCGGUAGCAUCCCUACGAAUUGACCUAAUGGAUGCGAUAUCUCGCAACGCGGUAUUCCUCAAUGCCCUGCAUGACGUUUCUGGGAAAGCUGUCAUUUGCCUGUUUAGAUACCAUGCUGAAGUUCGGCAGAAGCUUGCAAGGCUAUUCUCCGGAAUGGUGUAUUUUGCGGACAUUAUAAGUACUAUUAGUUGUCCCCAGUGUGCAUCAGGGAACAAUUUCUUAGGUCCUGACGGACGCUCAUUUCGCUGGUCAAAGUGGUGCUGGGACAUGAUCAAAGCUGCAGAACAGGAUGUACAUACUAAAGGCCCUAUGUCGAAAGAAGUUUUCUCUCAAGAGAUACUAAGGGAUGCAGCCUCGAAUGCUUGCUCGAAAUAAUAAAACGGGUCGUUUCAGAGGUCAAAUUUGAAAUACCUUGGAUUGAAGAGGAAAGCCAGCCUCAGCACCUGGCUGUAUAAUGUGUUCUAUGCUUAACAUUGUCUAAGC